GUGAUGUGUAUGUAUUCAUUACCUCACGUAAGCGAUGCUGAUCAAUGCCCAAACAGAUAAACAACAUGCAUUUGAUUCUAGUUGUUGUGCGGUGGCCUGUAGUUUGUGCGUUGGUUGCCUGUAGUUUGUGCGUUGGUUGCCCGUAGUUUGUGUGUUGGUUGCCCGUAGUUUGUGCAUUGGUUGCCCGUAGUUUGUGCGCUGGUUGCCUGUAGUUUGUUUAUUCAUGCAGAACAACAACAGGCCGGAACACAUGGAGAAAACAAACAGCUUUUCCAUUCGACUAUUUUAGAUCAUCGAGCAUCAUUUCUGAACAGGCCCUUGUAGCCGGUGUGUCGCAGGGAGUUCAUUUGAUUGAGUUGAUAAAACAGCGAAAAGGACGCUGGGUUCAGCGUCAUCCAGUGAUGAGACAGGGCAGGGCAGAGAGGAGACUGCAGCAGAGCGCAGUGACCGCCUUCGGCCACUGGGGGAUGAUCGCACUCCGUCUGCGCUGCGGUGCAUCCAGAUCUUUAGUCUGCCGAGGGUCUUCAUCACGCACAAUAGAAGAAAAGGAAGGGUGUGUGUGCGUAUAGGUAGGGCCAGACAUAUGUGUGAUGCUCCGACCCACCGCGGGCUAUUCCAUAAGCGGGGAUAAACUUUUAUCCAUCCUUUUGUUUUCCUGGGCGGAGCGGUCGAUGGCAUCUCGCUGCACACCUGCCCGCUCGGAGGGAUCGAUGCAGCGGUGCAUGUGUCUGCGGUAAGGGGGAAGAGAUCCUGUUGAAUCGAGAGGAGAGAGGACGUCGAGACGCCGCCAAAAGUGUCAUCGUGGAGUGCGUCAGAGCACGGAUGUGGAGUUGAUAUGUUAGCCGGCUGCCUGCGACGAGGGAUUUUAAUAUUCCCAAAACAAGACGUACAUUUGGGCAAAGCGAAGAGCUGCAUCCUCCCCUACCUCCAGCUCAUCUUCGUAGGGGGCUGAGAGCCUCCUCGGCCCUGUAACCAGCUUUAAUCGGAGGAGGAAUAAAGUCCUUCCGAAUCCCUGGAGGUGAAGAUAACAGAUCGGAUUUUCUCCACCCCUAAAAUGGCAUCCAGGACUCCGGAGCCGCCACACAAAACCUGAGAACGGCUCUGAGAACGGCUCUGAGAACGGCUCUGAGCUCAGCGUCUGACUGAACCACCUGAUGGGAACCGGAGGCUGAGCAGCCUUCUCACUGACGGCCUGUUGAUCCGACCAGUUAGGGACUAGGAGGAUAAAGGGCGUCCCCCCCCCCCCCAGUAUAACACCUGACGGAGCUGGACGACACCACCCACCCUGCUGAGUGAUGCUCGUGACGUCAUAGACCUCGAGGCCUGGACCCUACUUAUCAUACGGUCUCGUGUCAUGUUCCAGAUACCAUGGACCUUGCCCCUCAGCGUCCCCUCCACUGAACCAUCAGCCCGGUGAGGUCGACUCCCCGGGGCGUUGAUGUCUGACGCGCCCCGCGUGCGUCCCGCUCAGCCUCAACUCUCCCCCCGGUUCCUCCUCCGUCGCGCGCAAGCCACUUUCUCCCGCUGAGCGCGCGGACCCCCCACGGGGCAGCAUGGAGUUCGCCAUGAUCAGCGCGGACAACGGCUGCAACAGUCGCCUGCCAUACGGGUACGCGCAGCAGUCGCGCGCCCGGGAGAGGGCGCGCGAGGUGGAGCGCCAGUCGCGCGCGGCGGCAGCGGCGGCGGCGGAGGGUGACGCCGUUGGGGAGGGAGGGGGAGGCGGGGGUGGAGGGGGGGGUCACCCGUCUCACGCCGCCUCCUCCUCGUCCAACGCCAACAACAGCAGCGGCGGCGGCCCCGCCUCGCGCCACGCCCCCUCAUGCGCUUCGCCCCCCCAGCAGCGGCACGAGCAGCACGCGCUCAGAGCGCGGAAGAGGCGACGCGGCGGUGGCGCGGGACGCUGGAGGAGGAACCGCGCGAGCCUCGGAGGGGACCUGCGCCACUCGGAGCUCGCGUUGCUGGGGUCCGGGGACGACGGCAUGAUAGAGGAGGAGGAGGGCGAGGGGGAGGAGGAGGAGGAGGAGGAGGAGGAGGAGGAGGAGGAGGAGGAGGAGGAGGACCACAGGGGGGGCAGCACGAGGGCGAGUCUCCUGCGCGCCAUGGAGGAGGAUGGAGAGGAGACGGAUCGCCGGCCGCAGUCCGGCUACGAGCCCGCAUACGGCGACGGCUACGGCUGCUGUGAGCGUGUGGUGAUCAACGUGUCAGGGCUGAGGUUCGAGACCCAGAUGAAGACGCUGCUCCGGUUCCCGGACACCCUGCUUGGCGACGCGGAGCGCCGCGUGCGCUACUUCGACCCGCUGCGCAACGAGUACUUCUUCGACAGGAACCGGCCGAGCUUCGACGCAAUCCUAUACUACUACCAGUCGGGUGGGAGGUUGAAAAGACCCGCCAACGUGCCGUUCGACAUCUUCUCGGAGGAGGUGAAGUUCUACGAACUGGGCGACGAGGCCGUGUUGAAGUUCCGCGAGGACGAGGGCUUCGUGAAGGAGGAGGAGAAGCCUCUCCCGGAGGACGAGUUCAAGCGGCAGAUCUGGCUGCUGUUCGAGUACCCGGAGAGCUCGAGCCCCGCGCGCGGCAUCGCCGUGGUGUCCGUUCUGGUCAUCGUCAUCUCCAUCGUCAUCUUCUGCCUCGAGACGCUGCCCGAGUUCCGGGACGAGAAGGAGUACCUGCAGCCGCGCGGGAACCUGAGCCAUGCGCAGCCGGACAACGGGGGCUUCACGCCGUUCAACGACCCCUUCUUCCUCGUGGAGACCGUCUGCAUCAUCUGGUUCUCCUUCGAGUUCGUGGUGCGUUUCUUCGCGAGCCCCAGCAAGGCGGACUUCUUCAAGAACAUCAUGAACUCCAUCGACGUGGUCUCCAUCCUGCCCUACUUCAUCACGCUGGGCACGGACCUCGCGCAGCAGCACGGGGGCGGCGGCCAGCAGGCCAUGAGCUUCGCCAUCCUCAGGAUCAUCCGCCUGGUGAGGGUGUUCCGCAUCUUCAAGCUCUCCCGCCACUCCAAGGGGCUGCAGAUCCUGGGCCACACGCUGCGCGCUAGCAUGCGCGAGCUGGCGCUGCUCAUCUUCUUCCUGGUGAUCGGCGUCAUCCUCUUCUCGAGCGCCGUGUACUUCGCUGAGGCGGACGAGCCCUCCUCGCAGUUCACCAGCAUCCCCGACGCCUUCUGGUGGGCCGUGGUCACCAUGACGACGGUGGGCUACGGCGACAUGAAGCCCAUCACCGUCGGCGGGAAGAUCGUGGGCUCGCUUUGCGCCAUCGCCGGCGUGCUGACCAUCGCGCUUCCGGUGCCGGUGAUCGUGUCCAACUUCAACUACUUCUACCACCGGGAGACGGACAACCAGGAGGAGCAGCCCCCCGCGGUGGCGGAGAGCCUGCCCCCCGGGUGCCCCUACUGCCCCGACCUGCUGCGGAGGUUCAGGGGCUCUCCGUCCGGCUCCUCGCUGGGCGACAAGGCGGAGUACAUGGAGAUGGAAGAGGGGGUGACGGAGUCGCUGUGCGGGCUGGACAAGAGCCCGAGCAAGGGGAACGGGACCGAGAUCAACCGGAAGAACAGCAGCUCCAAGUCGGUUCAGACUGACGUGUGAUGAUAACAGAGAUUACUUUAUAAGACCUGUGUGCGCUACACAGUGAGGGCCCUGAAGCGUAAAGUUGGACUCGUGCGUCGAGAUCACUGCAGAAGGCGAAGCGCGCAUGAUACCUAGAACACACACACACACACACACACACACACACACACACACACACACACACACACACACACACACACACACACACACACACACACACACACACACACACACACACACACACACACACACACACUAUUCAGAAUGUUUUGCCAGGUGGAGCAUUUAAAUAAAAAGCAUCUAGGAAUUAGAUCAAUUAAUUAAUUGAUUAAUUAACAAUCACACGCUAGUCCGACUAGCCGCGUGUGGGGUCGAUACGUUAGUCUAAAGGUUUCAUACUAUGAGCCACAAAAGACCGGCUAAUGCAUUCGCACUUUAUGAGUUGUAUUUGUCAAAACGUGAACAAUGGGUUAGUUUUUGCUCAUAUGCAAUAAAAGUCAAAUUUGUUUGCACUAAAAAUAUAUAUAAAUAUUUUCUGGCAAACGUGGGUGAGAGGCUGCAGUUAAAUACAGAACCUCCAGACCCUCUGAAGGACGACAUUGGAGACACAUUCUAAACAUCUGACUGAAACCUAUUUCUGUUGUUCCAUCUGAGAAAGCACACGACAGCCAAACACACGCACUAGACUACAAGCACAGGGUGUGGGUCCGAGGGCCUGCAGGAGAGACCCGAGGGUCUGAUGUGGUCCAAAUCUAUAAUGAGAACAAUCCGAGUUUAGACUUCGUAUUCAUCAUUCUAAUCUAACCAGAGCUAUAUCCAAUCAGAUCAUUUUCCAACAUUCAUAAUAGGCCAGAAAAAGCUUAUGAAGAAUGGCUUGCAACGCCAGGUUUUAUGGCCUAUUCCUGCUUUGGCGCCAACAUCUCUACCCGGUAUGAUGACCCUUUACGCGGAGCCCGAUGGAGAGGUACGGCGACAUGACGUCGUGGAAACUCGUUGGUUUGAGAACUUCAUCCGUCGUCCGAUGGACCUCUGGCACAACGGUUCUUUUUUUUUUUUUUUUUU